AUGAAAGAGGAAGCUGAAGCUACUGUGAGAACAGCUAAAGCUGUACUGCAAGAACUAGUGGUUGUCGUCUCGCUGGUCCGGACGCUGACGGAUUCGUUUGGGUCCGCAAGCGAUCUGUAUCGCAAGCUCAAGCAAAAGUCCCGCUCAAGAAGUAACAUUCGCGAAGAGCCAGAAAGACGAGAUGGUGAUUCCUUUCGAAGCCGUCGAGGCUCUCAUACUGGCUACUAUCAUGGUCGUCGGCCUCAAGUAAGAUGGAGUCAUUCAGGAAAAGAUGACUACAGCAACAGCGACGAUGAGCUCAUCUGCACAUCGUCUGUUCAGGUCAAAGCCGAGUACGACCGAGGAUACCGGAAGUUGGGAGAGCCGUUCGCGCGCGGUGAUCUAAUCACGCAAAACCAGCUCCAGUCGCAGAUCAUACAGCUUCAGCAAACGUUGCUCAAUAUCCACCAAGAUCUGCUGUUGAGUACGUACGUCUCACCGUCAUCUUCGCACUCACAUCUCGCGCGUCUCAUUCAGACGACGCGUACAGCGCGUGCAGCUUCCAUCAUCGCACUCGACAUGCAGUACCAACGAAUGCUGCCUCGUAUUCCCCCGAAGUCGCCAGAACUGCUCAUUCCUGGAGCUUUCCCGUUGCCGCUGAGAGGGCAUCACGAAAAUUCUCAUGCUACUGGAAGACGGAGGUCAAGGAUUAGGAAGAAGAGGAAUAGCAGCAGUAGUAGUAGCAGUUGUUCUGACCCACCAAACUUUAUAGAGCGACCGGAACCGGUGCCAAAGCCAACUCCACGGCCGCACGGCAAUAAGCUUUUCUGCGUGUAUGCGCGAGACCUCCAACACAAACCUCGUCUUCCUUUGAUAGACAACUUUAAAGAUGGCGGAGAUAACAUGUGUCAAUAUUGUCAUUCAUAUAUUGCCACACGACCUGGCAAAGCAUGGGAGAUCAUUAAAGACAGGGACAAGAAAUUUGAUAAGCAUACACACACUCUGUCUCGAGCCUUUCUGGUAAAAACACGCUUUGUGAUCAAAAGUCACCGAGAGAGCGGAGGUUUCGCAUGCGUGCUCUGUGCACGGCUCAACAAGUCGGACACGGCGUGUAGAAGUAUCGGAGAGCUGAUACACCAUUUGUGGGAGGAACAUACGAGCGAUGAGUUGGAAGAGGAGGAGGAUAUCGUGGAGUGUUAA